AUGGCUCCAGAAGACAAGCAUGAAAAUGAAUUCAUCAAUUUAUACAUCAUCUGGGUAAGUACCGGAUUCGAAUACUUCUUCUUCUUUAUGCUCACAACUCCUACUCCUACUCCUAUUCCUACUCCUACUCCUACUCCUAUUCCUACUCCUACUCCUAUUCCUGCUCCUACUCCUAUUCCUACUCCUAUUCCUGCUCCUACUCCUAUUCCUACUCCUAUUCCUGCUCCUACUCCUAUUCCUGCUCCUACUCCUACUCCUACUCCUCUUCCUACUCCUACUCCUGUCCCGUCGGUCUCUCUACUUAACACUAAGAGAUGA